AUGGCAGCCCUCCCGAAUAUCUGGCACCUCCGCCGCGUGGCAGAUACGGCCGCGAAAGCCUGCCUGGUCUGCCACAAACCAUCGAGCAGUGUUCUGAUCACGCCGAACAACAAGGACUACUUCUACGUCUGCCCGGUGCAUCUCAAAGACCGGCAUUUCUGCUCACCUAUUGUAGAUGCUGCGGAAGAGGAGGCGAAGAGGAAAGCCGAGCUUAUGGCGAAUGAGAUUGAAAAGGUAAAGAAAGAAUAUGAGGAGAAGCAGCAGCGCAAGAAGGAGAAAGAGAAAGAAAAGAAGGACAAGGACAAGGACGACAAAGACAACGACAAGGAUGAUUCGAGCAAGAAAGCAGACGACGGAAAGGAUCAGAAGGAGCGGGAUGAUAAAAUUAAUGCUAUCACAAAACAAAGCACAUCUGCGUCGGAUGACUCGCCUCGGAUUUUCGCCCUGCACAAAAACUUUUAUCAAAUGCGCAUCGACCGAAUGCGUAACAUGGAAGCUGCCAAGCGCAACCGCCAACGGCUUCAAGACCCCUCGUUCUUCCCGUCCGUCCCGUCGGGGGGUCUGUGA